UCGGCCAUAUGGAAUAGACGAAAAAAAACUUAUUUAAUUUUGUUGAAAUAAAUUUUUUAAAAUUCUUAAUUAAAAUUAAUAAAAAUAAUAUAAAAUUUCUCCAAAAUGGCACUGUCAUCACCACCACCUAAAGAUGGCAAUAAGAAAUCAGUGUUUUUUGAGAAUCCCACCAUGGAUUAUAUGGCACAACAUUUUGUGGGCAAUUUGCACAGAUAUCGUGAAAACAUAGUGAUACCAAAAGGCAAUGGCCCAGUACAGAUUAAAACCGACGAAGAGAAAAUGAUUGAAAAGGCCGUGGAAAGUUGUGGCUUCAAAUCGUUUACAGCCUGUGUAAUGGGUUAUGGUCUUGGUGCUGCUAUUGGUUUAUUUAGUGCCUCUGUAAAUCCCAAUAUGUCAGAUCCUUUUGCCAAUGAAAAGAAACAAACAGCACGAGAAAUUUUCAGAGAAAUGCGUUCCACAACUCAUGGUUAUGCGAAAAAUUUCGCUUUGAUCGGUUGUGUUUUCUCAGCCGUUGAAUGUGCCAUUGAAAGUGAACGUGGUGUAACCGAUUGGCGUAAUGGCACAUAUGCUGGUGCAGUAACAGGGGGUUUAAUUGGUUUAAGAGCUGGUAUUAAAGCCGGUAUUAUUGGCGCCGCUGGUUUUGCAGCUUUCUCUACAGUUAUUGAUUAUUAUAUGCACAGCAGAUAAAAAUAGUUUUAGUUGUGAAUUAAUUCAUAUUUUCUAGAGUAAUGUAAUGAAUUGUUGUUAAAGCUUUUUAAAUAAUAAUAAUACAAAGAAAUCGGCGAAAGCAAAAAAAUAAAUAGGUUUAAACGAACACAUACAUCUAGUAA